AUGAAUAGUGAAUAUUAUGGUGAUUCUUAAUUUUAAGUGAGGAAAACAUCGUUUUCAGGCCAAUACAUUAAUAGUACAUUAUCAACUCCAAAAAACUAAAGGAAGGCUACAUCUGAAAAUUAAAAUGAAAAUUUUAACUAAUAAACUCUUUCUAUGAAAAACAUACUAUAGGAAAAGAGAAAAAGUAUAUUUUGCAAAGAUUAUAACAAUAGCAAUUUGGCAAAUGAGAUUUAAAAAUUGAGAUAAUAACAUGCUAAGAAUAAAUCUGAAGAUAAGCUUUGCUACUUAUCAAUAAUGAGAAGAGCAAAUUUAGACUCAGCAUAAAAUAAAAAAAGAACGAAUUCUAACGUAAAUUAGAGUAAUUCAUAGAACGAAAACGACAACUAAUCAGAAAUGAAUAACUCAUUUAGCAAGCAUCCAUAGAUCUAUUAGCUAAAUAGCUAUAGGAGGAUAUCUUCAUUUUUUAAUUAAAAUGAAAACGAAGCUAAUUAAGCUAACAAAAGCAAAAAUUAAAAAUAAAAUCCAGAAAAUAAAGAAUUAAAUAAAUUAUUUUAAUCUAUGCUAGAUGUAUAUGACAAGGAUACCAUUAAUAGAACUAUUUAAAAAGUUUCAGAUCCAAAGCAAAGACAAAAGAUUAUUGAUAUGAUAAUUAAGCGAAGAGAGGAGAUUAAAAAUGCACAAUAAUUGGUUUAAAUGUCCAAGCAUUCACUACUGGUAAACAGGUUUUUAAAAAAAGUUAUGAAGGAUGAGAAUUAGAUUGUUGUAAAUGCUAAGGAUAAUUAUCAGAAAUAGUCAUCUUUGAACCAGCUAGAUACUCCUGACAAUGCUAGUGUUUAAGAUAGCAAUGAUAACUAGCAAAAAGAUACAAUAUCAUUUACUUUGCUAAAUUAGUAAUACUAGUAACAAAAUUGUGAUGAUGUUGAAGUAAAUUAAUUUAAAAAUGAAAGAAAACCAACUUUUCUCGACAAUUCAUUUAGCCAAGAAGCAUAAAUUUAAACUUCUAAUCGUAAUUCGAAUGAUUAAAGGAGGUAACUUAUUGCAAAGGGUAUUGCAUUUACUGCAUUUAUGAAGAACAAAGAUGGAUUCAAAAAAUUCCUAGGCUUGAAUAAUGAUACAGCUAAUAACAAUGAAUAAAAUAAGACAGAUAGAAUGUAAUCUGCUAGCUAAGAAAAAAUGAAUUUAUCUAUCGAUGAACAAGAUUAAAAUAAAUUUAGUAGAAAAGGGUCAACUAAACUAAGUCUUAUUACGAAAGAUAAUUUAUUUAAGAGUAAUCUACCAGCUCAUAUAUUACCUGGAUCAGUAGAUGCCAAACUUUUUUAAAUAGAUUUAAACUCAAUAUCAGAAAAAUCGAAGCUACUUGUUGAGAAAGGGUAAGAAACAAACAGAAAUAAAGCAAAUGAACUACUUAAAGAUUAUUAAAAGUUAUACCUUGCUUCACAUUUCAAAUCUAAAUCUGUAAACUAAUCGAAUUUUAACAAUUCUGAUAUUAACACAUUUAACUACAGAAGGAUAAUACAUAAAAAAAAAAUAGACUCUAAAAUAUAAUCUUUGACUCCUUAGUAAAAAGAGUAAUUUAAAUGUUUGAACAAAUUUCUAACUUACAGAGAACCAAAGGAAGUUUUAAAUGAAGUCAAAGAAGAUGUAGCUGCAUUUAUUUCUAAAAAACAAAAUUCUCUUUAAUCCUAAGAAAAUUUAGAUUUUUUUAUGCCAAAAUAGCAAUAUAAGUUUACAGAAGUUAAAAAAAUUGAUAGAGAGGCUAUGGAGUCUUUAAAAGAAUUUGAAACAAAGAAAAAAAAUAAAAGUAAUAAAGCUUUUAAGAGUUAGACAUUAUCAAGCAUUCAUAAUAUGCCACCUCUGUCAUCGAAGUUUGAGAAGGAUGUUCAAAAAAAUUUAAUUUCUUAGCAAUCCACUCUACACCAUUUAGAUUAUAAGCCAUGUAAUUCUACAGAAGAUUUAAAUAGCUAGGCCAGCAACAGUAAAAGAGGAGCCACUUUUAGUUAGCACUCAAUGAAUUAAAUUUUAUCUUCCACAACAAAUAAUUCAUAAACUAAAUAAGCAAAUAAAAUCAGUUCUUCUUAACCUUAUUUUUCUGAUUUUUAUAAUAAUAAACCAAACUCAACUAUUGAUAAACAUAUUUACAAAGAAUUAGAGGUAAAAAAGAAUAAUUACAAACCUUCUCCUUCGUUUAAAGAAAGAUCAGUUAAUUUAAAUAAUCCAAUAUAAAAUUAUAUCCAAAAUUAAAUGGAAGUGUAAAGCUCACUGUUAAAUCCUUACUUUGCUAACCACCAGCAAAGUUUAUAUAAUAAAUCAACUGAAAACUUAGAAAAUAAUGCCAGUUUACAAUCAUUAAAUUAAUCACAAGGGUUGUCAAAAAGCACUAGAUCUAUACAUGUAAAUAAAAUUUCAAGUUAUUCAAACACAAAUAGAAGCAGCAGAGAUUUAUCAAAAAAAUAUUCUAACAAAAAUCAAAGAAACAACAGUUUGAAAAGCAGCAACGAAAAUGAAGAUUUAUUCCACAACACGAAAGAACUGAAUGAUAGUCUAUCGUUUGCAUCUUUUACUGAAAUUAAAUUGGAUCAAUUAUAUAAGUAGACAAAAAAAAUAAAGAAGAAAAUUAAAUAUUUAGAGUCAUGCUAGCACAAUUCCUUACAUCAAAAUUUUCAUAAACCAAAUAAUGAUAUUAAAAUAGAUACCUAAAUGCAAUAUAGUGAAAAAGAUCUCACCCAUGCAGAAAGAUAAAUUCAAGAUACAAAUUUUAGAAAAUUGAAAAAUUGA